AUGAGCGAAGAAGGAACAGAAAUACCAGAAACCGGUGGAGAAACAGGAGGAGAAACUGGUGGAGAAACUGGAGGAGAAACAGGCGGAGAAACUGGAGGAGAAACUGGAGGUGAGACUGAGACAGAGGUAGAGGAAGAGGAGGACACCUUGGUCCCAGAUAUAAUUCUUUUUACCUUUUUAGCCCUUCUCUUGAUGAUAAUCAGCUAUGAGCUGAAAAAGCAUUUCAAGGUCCCUGUUUCCCCAAUUCUUUUAUUAGUGGGAACUCUUUUCAGAGUCAUUGGAAGUACACUUCAUGGUCUCAAGCAUCCUGUGUCAAGAAUUGAUUCAUUAAGCCCUGAGCUAGUUAUGCUAGGAAUUCUCCCUGCUUUGAUAUUUGAAGCAGCCUUUUCCACUGAUUGGUAUACUUUUAAACGGGAAAUUUGGCAAAUCCUCCCACUUGCAACAACUGUGGUCAUUCUUACCGCAAUUCUUACAGCUUUUGUUAUAAAAAUAGUCCUCGAAUACGAUUUUCUGUGGGAUGAAGCCCUUUUGAUUGGCGUCAUUUUAAGCGCAACUGAUCACGUAGCUGUUGUUGCUCAGAUUAAAGAUAUGCAUAUAGAUAAUCGGUUUAAAACGCUUAUAGAAGGAGAGACCUUGCUGAAUGAAGCUACAAUUUUGGUAAUUUUCAAUAUUAUGCUUACUCCCCCCUCCGUGAGCAAACAAAAACCAUUAGAAAAAUCCCUAUUUUUUUUGCCAAAAACCCACCCUCCGUGAGCGAACAAUUAUUUUUUAAAAGAAAAAUUUUUGAUAGGAAAAAAUUUUGAUAUAUAAGUGAUAACUAGUAUCAUGAAAUCUCGAGCUAAUUCUGUUUAAUUUUAAAACAAAUUGCGUUUUAAAACAUAAAUUUCACAAAUUAAAUUAAUAUUUGCUUUCCAAUUUUCGAGAGGUGGGAUAUUUUUUUAAAUUUCGAAAAAAAAAUUUCUUUAAAAUUAUAUAUAUAAUUUUUUUUUUUAAAAAAAAAAAUUAACCCCUCCGUGAUCGAACAAGUUUUUUUGUUCGCUCACAGAGGGGGAGUUAGCAGUGUGAAAGGCACAACAGACAUAAAGCACAGCGCAAUCCAGUUUGUGAAUUUAACUUGCACAGGAUUUGCACUGGGAAUAGCUUUUGCAAUUGCUAUGGGCUGGGUAAUCAGGAGAAUGGUUAAUGACUCAAUCCAAGAAACACUUCUAACUUUUGUUACCACUUAUUUGCUGUUUUAUACCUCAGAUGCGACUGAAAUUGAAGCAUCUGGAGGUAUCUCUGUGGUCACUUUUGGGCUGUAUAUGUCAGCUUAUGGGAAAACGCUUAUAAGUCCUAUGGUAGAAAAAUCAUUGCAUAACUUUUGAAAUAUUGUCGGAACAUCUGUAGAAUCUGUAGUUUUUAUUAUUGCUGGGAUGCUACUCGGCAUGUUUUUUGUAAAAGACACUGCUUUAGAAUUCAAAGACAUUGUGAUGCUAGUCACUCUAUUUAUCUUCAUGCACCUUGUCCGUGGAGCUGUCAUCUUGAUCCAUUACCCUCUUUUGAAAUUCUUUGGAUAUGGGAUAACUCCAAAAGAAGCUGUUGUAAUGACCUUAGCGGGCUUAAAAGGUGUCAUUUCAACAGCUUUAGCGCUAAUUGCUUAUAAUGAAAAAGAAUUGGAUGAACAUUUUAAAGUUAUUUUGCUAUUUUUUACUAUUGGCAUAGCAGGCUUAAGCAUUAUAGUUGACAGUUUUGCUAUGAAAUUUGCAGUAAAAAAGUUUGGGAUGGAAACCCUUACUCUCUCUCCUAUGUGAGCGAGCCAAACAAUAACAAAAAAACCUAUUUUUUGGGUAAAACCCAUCCGUAAGUGACCAAAAAUAUUUUGAUAUAUAGUGAUAACUAUAUAAUGAAAUCUCUAGCUAAUUCUGUUGAAUUUUAAACAGCUUGCAUUCAAACAUAAUUCUUUCUAAUUUUGGAAUUUUUGGGAUUUAUUUAAAUUUUUGCUAUAUAUAUUUUAAAAAAAAAAUUACUCCUUUUGUGAGCGGUCAAAUUUUUUUUGUUCACUUGCGGAAUGGGGAAAGUUAGUGAAGUUGAAGAAAAUAUGCUAGUAGGUGUAACAACUGCAAUAUUACAGCAUACUGCUAAGAAGGUAGAAGAUAUGAGAGCAGACAAGCAGUUUAAUUUGGUUAGGUGGGACAAAGUAAUGCAAUUAGCUGGUCCAAAAAAUUUAUUGGUGCAGAUUAUGAAAAAUACAAAUGUAGGAGCCAAAAUUUUGAGGAAGCAUCAGAAUGAUAACCCUGAAGAAUUGCUGUCAAGAUAUAUGAAUAAGUUUAGCUUAUCCUCGAGUGCUUUAGUAAAAGAAACAAGAAGGAGAUACUUUACCACACUUAAAGGAAUUUAUUGGCAUGAGUUUGAAUCUGGACAAUGCUCUGGAUACGCUUCACUAGUUUUAAUCGAAUCUUGCAAUAGAGCUCUAGAUAAAGAAGAUUCAAGAAUGGGAGAUUGGGAACAGCUUGAAAGAGAGCUCUACAAUAAGCGUCUAAUGACUAUCUACAACUAUUUUUCAGGCGUUCCUAUAAUAGGAAAAUUCUUCAAAGAUUUAUUAUACGACUUGGUAAUUCUUACAUAUGAUGCUGCAAGUACCUUUAUUAGUGCCCAUCAUGAAGCUGAAGAACUGAUGGACACUAUGGAAAUUGAUAUAGAUGAGCUCAUUUUCAAAGAUGUAAUGGAUGAAGCCCAUGACCAAAUCGAGCUCUGCAAAGAGUUUGUAAGGGACAAUAUCACUGAUUCUUACCCAGAAGUUGUCGCUGAGGUUACCUCAAGUAUGGCUUGCCAUGCUCUACUGAUUUCUCAAAGAAAGCUCAUCAAUAAGAUCUUCCAUCAAGGUGUUAUCAAAGAAAUAGAAUAUGAACAUUUAAUUGAUGCAAUUGACAAUAACAUGAAACAGCUGACAUUCCAAAAAAACCCUAGUGUUCCAUCAGUCAAAGAUAUACUGAAAAAUAGAUUUAGAAAAGCAACAGACGCUGAUAUUGAGCAGCUGCUACCUAUGAUUACAGAAAGGCAUUAUCAGCCAGAUCAGUUACUCUUUAAAGAAGGAGAGGCUGCAGAUGGAGCUUACUUAAUUUUUAAUGGAAGAGUCCAUGAAGAAGCAUCAUGAAUAGACCAAGAACUUAUGAUCGGAAAUAUUGUCGGAGUCCAGCAUCUAUUGCCUACCUAUAAAAUUAACACCUCAACUGCAACGGCUUUGACUAUGGUUUUUGCUGCUCAUAUUCCCUCAGCAAUGCUUAAUAGAGAUGUGUUUAUAGAAGACUUGUAUAAAGAAGCUUCGGAGGAGCUGAUAUCGUUAAAUGCAAGCAUUCUUGGCUUUGAUGGGGUUGAAGAAGACCAUUUGAUGAGGAUGAUAAAAAACUCAACUAUCAAAUAUUUUAAGCCUGGAAACAUGAUUGAUUUGAGAAGAGGAGGAAUAGUUUUGCUUGGGAACUUUAGAAAAGACAAGCCUGAGUUUUCUAUUCUAGCACCAGUAAGUAAGCCUAUGGAAGCUAUAUCUUCUUGUGUGCUUUUGCUAUUCCCUGAACACUUUGCUGGAGCUAUAAAGGAGUCAAGGACUAUGGCCGAAGCUUUCUUUAGUUACUACUUAAAAAGCAAUACCAAAGCGAAAGCAGCUGGAAGUGACGAGCAAGCUAAAGACAAUUUGGGAUUGACAGCUAUGCACAAAUUGCAUCGAUUGGAGUCAAAGAAAGUCCUUACUAAGCGAUCAAUAUCCCACAAAAGUGAUAAAUAG